AUGAUUCAAAGCCUGACGGACACAGUGACGUACAGCGGUCAGACCUGCAUGUCCGAUGCGGACUGCUCCGAGGACAUGUGUUGUGUGUUCCACCCGGACACGCGUCGACAAGAGGACCAGGGCUAUUGUCGGUUGUGGAGACAGCGUAACGAAAUCUGCACUCCUUUUCUGGGCACUGCGCGUCACACGUUUGAAUGCCAUUGUAAGCAGGGUCUCCAAUGUCGUGGUACACAAGUGCAAAAUAUUGGAGGACAAAUCAAUGCGCACGUGAACCCCGUGUGUCAAACGCCCACCAGUGCAUAGGACGCCUUCACCUGGGAGCUAUGACAUCUGUAUUGGAAAUCCUGGCAUUAAUCUGUAACCCUAAAUAUAAUUGAACUUCGCAAUAACAUAUAAAUUGAAAAUGUAAAAAUGAGUCUGAAAAUAUAAAUAUAUUAUUGAAUAUG